AUGGCAAAGAAAAGAAAGGCUGGUAGCCGCAAUGCCGGCCCGAAAGGCCCAAAGGAACUCGAUCCCAGUGAGGCUAGACUUGGCCCCAUCACCACUUACCAAGAUGUCGCCGAUUCGGAAGACGAAUACUUUCUCAACAAAGACACAAUAAUGCUGGAUGACGAGCCGAAUUCAAAACGCAGGAGACAAGAGGAUGAAGAUAUGGAAUUUUCAGACGAAGAGAUCCUUGGCUACGAGGACUCCGACUCUGAUGAGCAGGAUGACAAGCCCGAUGCAAAGCCCCAGACAAAGUCAAAGAAAUCUACAACGAAGCAGGAUGAUGCCCAGGGUGAUCUCGAAGAUGGCGGUGAAGAAGACGACGAAGGGGACUCUGGCUGGUGGGGAUCUUCAAAACAGGAGUACUAUGACGCUGAUAACAUUGAGACCGAGGCCGAUGCAUUAGAGGAAGAAGCCGAAGCCAAGCGAUUGCAGCAAAAGAAACUCUCCAAAAUGAGGGAGGAAGAUUUCGUGUUCGACGGCGACGAAUGGCUAACCGGAGAGCCUGAACUCGAGGAAGGCGAAGGGAAGGUUGUUGAGGUUCUCAAGGAUAUCGAAGUCACCCCGGAAAUGAGCAUAGAGGAGCGAUCGCGGCUCUUGUCAACAAGAUACCCUGAGUUCGAGCACUUGGCAAGUGAGCUGGAGGAGCUGCACCCCGUAUACCUCGGUCUCAAGGAAGAUGCUGCCAAUCAACCAGACACAUCAAUCGCGGCCAUCAAGUACUGUGUGUUGGGGUGCUAUGUUGCCACCCUGGCCAGCUAUUUUGCCAUUCUUACAUCACCUGCACGAGACGCUGGAAAACUGCAAAAGCCCUUGUCAGCAACUGACUUACGGGACCACGAAGUCAUGGAGGCAUUGCUCAGUUGCCGCGAGGCCUGGGAUCGAGUAAAGAACCUGACGGCAGCGAGCAACCCCGAUGAGACGUCCUUGUCACUAUCUGCGGACCUCGAUGGUCAAUAUGCAUUGAAUGAUGACCCGACCGCACUCGACACUACCAAGAAGAAGAAAUCCGUGAAGAAAGACAAGGUUUCAGUGGCCAAGGAAGCGAAGAAGCUCGAAAAGGCCAGAGCCAUUGAAAACACCGUUUCCGACCUUUACAGCUUACCGAUUGGCUCUGGAAAGUCAAAACGAAAGUCGAAGUCGUCUUCAGCUUCGAAGGAAGACAAUAACUCAGACUUUGGCGAAGAAGACACCCUGGACGCGCGAGCUGCCGCAGACAAGGCUGCCCGGAAAAAGAGUCUCAAAUUCUACACGUCACAAAUUACACAAAAGGCCAACAAGCGUGCCGGCGCCGGACGCGAUGCUGGAGGAGACAUGGACAUUCCGCAUCGCGAACGACUUCGAGACAGACAAGCCCGUCUCCUUGCAGAGGCGGAGAAGCGAGGCAAGCGAGAUUCCAAACAUGGUGCUGAUCUUGGCGAUGACAGCGAUGACGACGACAACACUGCUGCCAACGCUCUUCGGAAUGACGAGGACGAAUACUAUGACAUGGUGGCCAAUAAGUCAAAGAACAAGCGAGAAGAAAAGGCCGCUCGUUAUGCUGCCUAUGCUGCAGCAAGCAAGGCAGAUAGAGUGGUGGAGAAUGAAGAGGUGGGAGAGGAUGGCAAGAGGAAGAUCACAUAUGCCAUUGAGAAAAACAAGGGCUUGGCACCCAAGAGAAAUAAGGAUGUCCGAAACCCAAGAGUGAAGAGGAGAAAGCAGUACGAGGCCAAGCAGAAGAAGUUGAAGAGCAUGAAACCUGUUUGGAAGGGUGGUGAGCCCAAGGGCGGCUACCAAGGAGAAACAUCUGGUAUUAAUGUCGGUGUCGUCAAGAGCAUCAAAUUGUAG